AUGGUGGGUGUGGUCGGGAUUGCUCCCCUCCUCUCCCCCCAGGCGACCAGCCCUGGGCUUGCACAGUGUGCCAGUUCCAACCAUGCUCCAGUGGCUGGCAGUGAUGAGUCCGAGAUGGCAGCGUCUGCCGAACAAGCGUCGACCUGGUUUAGUGUCUGUGUCCCGGUGAUGCUGGAGGCCUGGCCAGCGCUGCGGAUUGCUGUGGAGAACGGCUUCAGAGGAGUCCGCAGCCUGGAGAAGGCCCUGUGGCUAAGGGCAGUGGUGGAGGACUGUUUCAUCCAGAAUUCUGACUUGGAGCAGGGUGAGGUGGUGGAGGAUUUCCUGUCCGACAUCAUGAGCACCGAAUUUGAUACCCUGGUAGAAGAUGGAAGCCUGCCCCAGGUAAGCCAGCAGCUUCAGACAGUAUUCAGGUACUGCCAGAGUGCUGAGGGAUCUCUGAUGAGAGAGCUCAUCGCCCACAUAGGCCAGAAGCAGAUGGAGGUCCAGGCCACGGAGUUUGGGGCAGUCGACCAGACCAGUGACAAGGACUCUGACCAGGAGGCAAGGACAGAUGGGGGAGCCGAGAAAAAGGAGGUGACCCACAGCACGGAUGCCCCGUCCUGCCCUGUGGCUCCCAGGCUGGACCAUAGGCUGCCUCUAGCCAGGGCCUCACUUGGGUAUGAAGCUGCUGAAGACGGCUGGAUUGUCAUCCAGGGGAAAAAAAUAAAUUGUAAAGUGCUAAGUCUGGCAUUUAGAGCCCUCUACAGUAUUCCUUUCACCUGCUUUUCCAUGCUGACGGACCUCCCAGCUCUUCCGCAUAAUGCAUUAGUUUAUAUAUAUUCUCUAUUAAAAGGAAUGACUUCCUGA